AUGAGUAAAAAGCGGAACAGGCAACCGGACGCGAAUCCCGACGUCAGUGAGGCCUCCACAGAGUCUUGUGAGGAGACGAGCUCAGUAGGUGCAAAAUGUCCGCACAUAGCAAAGGCCAUUAACCUGAACAAAGUAAAAAAAAAUCUAAAAAAGACUGGUAUAUUAAGCAAAUGUUCCAUGUGCAAGAAACUGGAGAUGGACCUCAAGACAGCAGAGGAGAUUUGUAAUAUUUCAAAGCUCCUGUGGAUUUGCUUGCAAUGUGGAGAACAAGGCUGCAGUAAAGAGGAAAAGCAGCACGCCUUUGAGCAUUAUAGGAAGCCUCAUAGCGACUGCCAUUGUAUGGUGAUGGAUUCUCAUCAUUGGAGUGUUUGGUGCUAUCAGUGUGAAAUUGAAGUUCAUCCUAACAGUAGGAAAAAACUCCUGGAAACUGUAGAGUUUAUCAAAAAAUAUGUAAAUAUACCACAAAUAUCUCAAUCGAAAAUUCCAACGAUUCAGUGCCAAAAAGAGACGAUAAUCGAUGUACAGGAGAAAGAACAUAAAACAUUGAAUAAUCUUCCUAAAGUUGGGGGCUUAGCAAAUCUAGGAAACACGUGUUUCUUCAAUGCUGUACUUCAAUGUUUAGCGCAAACACCUUACUUGGUGAAAGUGCUGGAUGACCUACGUAUACCUGGGCAGAAAUUUGUCUUACCAGGUGGAAAGCACAAACCUGUCGAUGCUGAGGAAGAAGUGGAACUGCCACCAAUCGAGGGGACCUUGGAGCGAUGGGGCAGUUUCACAUCAAUUCUCUGUGAAACGCUGUCGAAAAUGCAAAACACGAACGGUCAUCAAACUUAUACUCCUUUGAAUCUUCUCUGUAAGCUCAGGAAAAAGACUACGCAAUGCGUGGAUGGAGGGCAGCAUGAUUCACAUGAGUUUCUUCGACACUUAUUGGAAAUAGUUCGAAAUGAAGAUCUCAGAAGAUACCAGAGCAUAAUUCUAAAGGAGGUCGGCCUGAGCGGAAAAACAAAGCCAGAUUGUGUGGAAAAGAGUCUGAAAUCUCGCGUAAAAUUCUAUGGCAAUCAGGCCAGUACGAGGCUGUUAGGACCAGAAGUAGUAUUUCGCGGCGUGUUAGUAUCUACUCUAGAGUGCCUGGAUUGUCAUCAUUCGUCGCAACGGACCGAGCCAUUUCUAGACUUGAGUCUACCCGUCACUGCGGAUAAACCACAGCCUCCACUUUUAAAAAGGAAGAAUAGCGAAUUUGAGGAUGCUUUUGACAUGAUGAACAUUCAACAACAUGAUAGUCAGACGGAGAUUUGGAAAUCGGAGGAUACGCCAUGGAAGCAGUUGAAGAAGGAGAAAAAGGCAGCCAGGAAGAACCGAAAAAAUAAAAGGCACGAGAAUUAUAACAAUUCUAACACGUUAAUGGAUCUAAAUAAUCCCGCGGAAGAAAACAAUGAUAAUGUUUUGAAAUCAGAAGAGAGCGACGCCGACGUGGAAGACAAUAUUGAAAUGGACAAUUCUCAUCCCGAGAUUGGAGAAUCUGGUUAUAGCUCUGAGAAAGCAUCCGCCGUCACCAGUCCUGUAUCUCCUGCUGACCAUUAUCAUCAUCCAAACAACGAUUUUAAUAGUACAAUCAGCCCUGAGGACAGUAAUCUGGACAACAGUAAUUUGGACCCAGCACAAGUUAGACAUCCAGUGAACAUUAACGCGUUAACUAGUCCUAAUCCAACCGAUGUGUCGAUGACGGACUUGACUCAAAUCAGGAUGCCGUUCGAGAAAACUGACAAGAACAUCGGUACCAUCAGCUCCGAGAACGAAGUGUUGGCCACGGCAUUGACCAGCUCCAUAAUCGUCAACUCUGAUAUCACAAGCCCCAAGAUACCCACCGCAAGCCUAAGUAGCUCUGCUGCUUCUAAGGGGAGUCCCACUAGUCCUGUCAAUAACGAAAAAAUUGCGGAAAGAUUGGAUGGUGUUGAGACAUGGAUGGCUACUACUUUAUCGAAAUAUGGUAGAAGGAAAUAUAAUAACGGAACUUCGAACGGAGAUGAUCCCGAAGAGCAAGAUGUAUAUAACGAGCUUGGUGACAUAGUGACGGGAAUGUCUAGGCUGGGAAUCGCCGGGCAUCAAUCACCUGGCAGGUACACAACCAAGGAGGGUGAAUGUUCCGUGGAAUCGUGCUUGAAUCAAUUCACCGCGCUAGAACUAAUGACGGGAAGUAACAAAGUCGUAUGCGAGGCAUGCACAGCUCGUGAGAAGAAGACUCAGGAAGGUUCGUCGAAGGUGAUAUGCACUUCGAGUACAAAGCAAUACCUCAUCUCUCAAGUACCCCCGAUAUUAAUACUGCAUUUGAAAAGAUUUCAAACGCAGAGAAUCGGUUUUCGGAAGGUUUUCAAGCAUGUGUCGUUUCCGAUAUUAUUGGACUUGGCACCGGUUUGCACAGAUCACAAAAAAUCUCGACUUUAUGCACUUUAUGGGGUCGUCGAGCACAGUGGCACUGUUCAUGGUGGUCACUACGUUGCUUAUGUCAAGACGAGACUGCCGCUAUCACCAGAUGAUCCUCGAUGGAAGUUUCUUCCAAAGGAUAAAGAUCCUAAAGUGAAUAAUGAGUCGAGUAGUUCAGAUUCAGAUGAGGAAGAAGCAUCAGCGAAAGGUAUAUCCAUUGUGGAACCACCACCUGGGAAAUGGUAUUAUGUAUCAGAUUCUCGGGUAUCAGAGGUAGAUGAAAAUACAGUGUUACAAAGUCAAGCGUAUCUCUUAUUCUACGAGAGGAUUCUCUGAUUCGAUAAAACAAAGCAGAAUGUGAACGAAGAUCGAUGCAGUUAUGUUCACAUUUCCAAUUCUCAAAAGAAAGAAAACAGACUUAUAAUGAAUUUAUUAAUUAUACAAUUAUUAGCAUCAUAUCACACGUUAUCGGAUGUAUGAUGUAUGUAACUGAUUAUGUGUACACACAUUGCAAGAAAUCUGUAAUCUAUUAGAAAUAUUGAAAAUUUGGUUCUUGUGAAAA